AUGGGUAAAGCCAAGAAGACUAGAAAGUUUGCGCUGGUAAAGCGCACACUGAACACGAAGAAAGACCAACGGCUCAAUGCCAACAAGGACAUGCAAACGAAGAAGGACGACCCGGAGUUGACCAGAAAUAUCCCACAAGUGUCGAGUGCGCUGUUUUUCCAGUACAACGAGGCCAUCAAACCCCCCUACCAGGUGCUGAUCGACACGAAUUUCAUAAAUUUUUCUAUCCAGAAAAAGAUCGACAUCGUGAGGGGCAUGAUGGACUGCCUGCUGGCCAAAUGUAACCCGCUCAUCACCGACUGUGUCAUAGCUGAACUGGAAAAGCUGGGCCCCAAAUACAGGAUUGCACUGAAGUUGGCGAGAGACCCGCGGAUCAAGAGACUGAGCUGCUCGCACAAAGGCACUUACGCAGAUGACUGUCUCGUGAACAGAGUGUUGCAACAUAAAUGCUACAUUGUGGCGACAAACGACGCGGGGCUCAAGCAAAGAGUAAGGAAAAUACCAGGUAUACCGCUGAUGAGCGUUGGCGGACACGCCUACGUCAUCGAAAAGUUGCCGGAUGUAUUCUAG